CAGUUUCAUGGGUAUCCUUCAUCUUCUCUUCAUCUUUCUCUCUUUACAAUGGAAAACUUCAAGGUCACAAACAUGGAUCAAAGCUGGUUAUUGGUACACCGGUAGCGAAUACCCAAUACCCAACAUAAACUCACCUCUAUUCACUCACCUCAUAUGUGCUUUUGCAUACAUCAACCCAUCAACCCACGAGCUCGUUCUAUCAGCAUCAGAUCAGCCUUAUGUAUCCACGUUUGCAUCCAUGGUCAAGAAAAGCAACCCAUCGGUUAAACCACUUUUGUCGAUAUUCACACAGAAUGGAAACCUUGGGGACGGCGGGAAUUCAUCCAACUUUUUAUUAAUGACUGCAGACCCGGCUUACAGAAAGAGUUUCAUCCGGUCUUCAAUCAAAAUGGCCCGGCUUUACGGGUUUGAAGGGCUAGAUCUUUAUGUAACUACUUUGUUAAGAACAAAGGGAAACAUGUCUAACUUGGGCAUCUUGUUCAACGAGUGGCGAGUUGCUGUGGAUCAAGAAAAACUGAUCUUGACCAUGGGAGCUCAUUACUCGCCUGAACUUGACUUAGUGAGUUACCCGGUUGACUCGGUAUGCAAGAAUUUUGAUUGGGUACAUAUUCUAUCAUAUGACUAUCAUACAUCUAAGAUCGAUAAUUUCACGGCUGCUCAUUCAGCCCUGUAUGAUCCAUCUAGCAAAGUGAAUACGGAUUAUGGUAUUAAGGAAUGGAUCAAAAGGGGAUUACCUGCUAGCAAGCUGGUGUUGGGUUUAGCAUAUCAUGGCUACGCGUGGACCCUUAUGGACCCGAAAGAUAAUGGCAUUGGUGCACCGGCAAAAGGUAUUGCUAUAACAAGAGAUGGGACAAUGAGCUAUGAGUAUAUCAAGAAGUACUUGAGGAGUUAUGGUGUUGAUUCGGUGUAUAAUUCAACGUACGUGAUAAAUUAUUGUACAAUUGGGUCGUUUUGGAUUGGGUUUGAUGAUGUGGAGGCUAUCAGAAAUAAAGUUGCUUAUGCAAAAGGGAAAGGGCUUCUUGGUUAUAAUGUAUGGCAGGUCCCAAAUGAUUACAACUGGGAACUCUCAAAAGCUGCUGCACAAGAAGAUAACUACAGCCGCCACAAGCGACUAUUGGCGAUUAGUUUGUGCACAGCUGCUUCCUUUAUCCUUCUACUAGGCUGCAUAAUCUGUUACAUGAGGAAAAGGAUCAUAUCAAAAGUGAAACAGUUGAUGAUCAUGAUGAAGAGGAUGAUGAACAGGGACAAAUCAUAUUACCAUAAACAGCAAGCAAUUAGCUUUGAAGACAUAAAAGAAGCUACAAAUGGCUUCUCGGAAGAAUUCAAGCUUGGAGAAGGGGGGUAUGGACCAGUUUACAAGGGAAAAUUAUCAAAUGGACAAGAAAUAGCAGUAAAAAGACUUUCACAUAAUUCUAAACAAGGAAUCGAGGAGUUCAAGAACGAGGUUACAUUUGCAACCAAACUACAACACGUGAAUCUAGUAAAACUCUUGGGGUUCUGCACCGAAAGGGAAGAAAAGAUGUUGAUCUAUGAAUACAUGCCAAAUAAAAGCUUAGACUUCUACCUCUUUGAUCCACACAAAAGGUCAAUGUUGAACUGGGAGAAAUGGGUUGAAAUAAUUGAAGGGAUAAUCCAAGGACUUCUGUAUCUCCAAGAAUACUCAAGGCUAACAAUAGUUCACAGAGACUUGAAAGCAAGCAACAUUUUACUUGAUGCUGAAAUGAAGCCUAAAAUAUCAGAUUUUGGUAUAGCAAAAAGCUUUCAGAACAAUGAAAACAUAGCAAGUACUGACCGAAUUGUUGGAACGUACGGAUGUGUUCCUCCUGAGUAUGUAAAAGAAGGUGUAUACUCUCGAAAAUAUGAUGUUUACAGCUUUGGGGUUCUCCUUCUGCAAAUCCUAAGUGGGAAGAAGAACUAUAACGUCUAUGGGCCGCAUCAAAACCUAAAUCUCCUUGAAUAUUGAUAAGCAGGAUGUGUAGGAUGACUUUAGUAGAAUAAGUAUUUGAAAGAACUAGACAAAUCAUCAUUGUGGAAAGCAAAACCAGAAUGAUAACAAGAAUGUAGAUGAUACCAACAUCAAUUAUCAACUUCAACAAUACCCGCAAGGAUAACACUAAAGGUGUUGAUGGUGUAUAAUUCUGAAAUGCCUUUGAUUGAUAAAGAAUACCCUUUAAAUAGGGGAAUGAUACAACAGAAUUCUGGGAAAAUAAGGAAACCAAAUCAUGCCAGCUGUUACACCAAAACACUUACAAAUAUUAAACAAUAAUCCCAAUAUAUCAGCCAAUAUAAUCGGCUGAAUAUAUGCAUGCUAAGACACCCCCUCAGUUUGAGCGGGCGGAGGACAGACGCUCAAGCUGGAUCGAAAGGACUGGAACAGCUGUCGUGGGAGCCCUUUGGUAAAAGUAUUUGCAUAUUGCAAUGAAGAAGGCACAUGAAGAACCCGGAUAUGACCUACACGAACUUUAUCCCGAACAAAGUGUAUGUCUAUCUCGAUGUGCUUCGUCCUCUGAUGCUGAACUGGAUUAUUGGAUAGAAACACUGCAGAGACGUUGUCACAGUAAACAACCGAGGCAUGCUGAAGAGGAGUAUGUAACUCGAGCAUAAGGUUUCGCAGCCAGGUUGCUUCAGCCACUGCAUUAGCAACACCCCUGUAUUCGGCUUCUGCACUGGAACGUGAAACUGUGGGUUGCCUUUUGGAGGACCAAGAGAUCAAGUUAUCGCCAAGAAAAACACAGUAUCCUGAUGUGGAACGCCGAGAGUCCGGGCAACCACCCCAGUCAGCAUCAGAGUAAGCUAUCAAAGAACGCGAAGCAGACUUUAUGAUACGUAUACCAUAAUCAAUGGUGCCCUGGAUAUAUCGGAUGAUUCUUUUCAUAAAAGCAAAAUGAGGAUCCCGAGGUUCAUGCAUAAAUAGACACACCUGCUGAACGGCAUAAGAAAUAUCGGGUCGGGUAAAGGUAGGUACUGUAGGGCCCCUGCAAGACUCCUAUAUCAGAAAACAAAGGACCAUCUGUACCGCUGAGUUUAGACGAAAGAUCCACCGGGGUGGUACAUGGUUUGCAUGCAGACAUAGAAGCCCGGGCAAUGAUAUCUUUAGCAUAUUGUGCCUGUGAGAGAAAGAUACCAUGAGACUGUUGGGAGACUUGAAUUCCCAAGAAGUGAUGCAGGCGACCCAAAUCAGUCAUAGCAAACUCUUUUGAUAAGGUUGCAAUGAUGUUAUGCAGAAGUGUGUUAUUGGAGGCUGUAAUUACUAUGUCAUCCACAUACAAUAGCAAAUAGGCAAUGUUGGAUGAAUCCCGGUUGUAAACAAACAAAGAGUUGUCGCAUGCACUACUACGAAAGCCAUGAGAAGUAAUGUAAUUAGCAAAUCGAGUGUACCACGAGUGGAAGAGGAGUUGGGGUCUGAAGAGGGAGUCUGCUGGUUGUUUUGAGGAGUGGUUUGAGAGGAUGUGGCGGCUAAAACAGUGGAAUGAGAGUCUUUUUGGGCGUCUAAACGCAGAAUUUCAUCUUGUAGCAUACUAACGGCUUGAUCCCAAUCAACACCAUUCUGAUUUAUAAGGGCUGCAGUAGUAUUGAACUCGGCUGGGAGACCCCUUACCAGUUGAAGAACAAGACGGGAUUCGGUCACAGGAACAUCGACAUCGGCCAGUUGGUUUGCAAGGUCAGUCAAUUGCUGACAAUAGGCUUCAACGGAGGAGCAAGCCGACAAAGACAGAUUACAGAACUUUGUUUCCAAUGAUCCAGCACGCGCCUUCUUGUUGCUGAGAUAUAUCUUCUCAAGUUUGGACCACGCAGCAUGAGCCGUAGCAGUGCUGCUAUCCAUGACUCGUUUAAGAAGGGCAUCAGAGAGCGUGCUGAAUAUCCAUUGAAGGACAAGCGCAUCGAUUUCUUUCCAGGCCUCAUAUUCAGCAGAUGAGGAUACCGGAGGGGCAGUACCAUCAAUAUGAUCCAUCACCUUGUAGGCGACAGCAUGUAAGCGAAACAGCCUGAUCCAUUGAGAAUACGUGACAUUGGUACCAUCUAGGGUUCGGAUCUUACUCUGUAUAUUUGUGACAGAGUAUGUACGAUGUAAAGAUUGAGGCUUUGGGGGCUGUUCGACAGCAUCUUUAUUCAUCAUGAUGACUGGUCGGACGUAUCCGAACAGAAAAAAAAACAAAGGGAGGCGGCGGAAGGUUGAAAGAAGGAUAUCAGAAUUGCUCUAAUACUAUAAAGGAGUUUAUGGUGUAUAAUUCUGAAAUGCCUUUGAUUGAUAAAGAGUACCCUUUAAAUAGGGGAAUGAUAAAUAAGGAAACCAAAUCAUGCCAGUUGUUACACCAAAACAGUUACAAAUAUUAAACAAUAAUCACAAUAUAUCAGCCAAUAUAAUCGGCUGAAUAUAUGCAUGCUAAGAAACACGAAAUCCCAAAUCAUAUUUUAGCUUUAGUAAUCCCUUUUAGAGGUGUCGGUAUGCAAUAAAAAUAGGAGACUAAAUUU